GCGGGACGCCGAGGUUAUCAGCGUCAGUACAUGUCAAAGUUGGCAAGUACAAAGCGAUCAUAAAAACGCCUUAGCUACUUGAAGCAACAGCAGCAGCAGCAGCAGCAUUAGCAGCAGCUGCCCCUCGUCAUAAAUAUCGCUGGCAGGAGGAGGACACGCCAGUCAUAACCAAAAGAUCCUGAAGGAAGCUCGCGCGCUUAUAUCCUUCCUUUAGGAUAUGGGGGCCCUUACGCGAGGAGAUUGUGUUGGUGUGGCAUUCCUGUGGGCGGGAUUGUUAUGCCUGUCCUUAUUAGCAGGAGGAAAUUGCCUGAUGGAGGAGAUCGAGGAGAGUAAGUCCAGGUCGAUGAUUGACAUCGACAGGAUACUGCAGAUCGUGGACGACAACAACAAGAAAAUGACGGCGCACUUUCAUGAGUGGAAAAAUAAAACUGAACGUUUGGUUGACGCUCUUUUGGCAAAAGAAACAGAAUGGAAGGAGAGGACAGACGACUUACUGAGCACCCUCUAUGAAAAAAGACAAUGGAAAAAUCGCACAGAGGACUUCAUCAACACGCUACUGGAGAAAGACGCAAGUUGGAGGAACGGAACGAAACAGCUCGUCGACAUUUUGCAACCGAAGGAAACGGCGUGUACGAACGUCACGGAAUCCCUCGUCACUACCAUUCUGGACAAAGAAUCAGAAUGGGUCACGCGAAGCGAAACUCUGAUCCAAGACACAGACAACCUGAAGAAGCUAGUCAGGGGACUCCUCUUCAGGGAAGCAGAGUCCAAGAAGAAACUGGUAGCUCUCACGACAAUGGUGAGGAAUCUGCUGACGUUUUCUGGAGUGGCUCGAUGCGAGGCGCCCUUCAAAGUGGUCCCUUACGUGGGCUGCAUCUUUUUGGACAAAGUCGGUUCCACCUGGGAAGAGGGGCGUGUCAGGUGCAACCUGCUGGAAGCUGACAUCUUCAUAGCCGAGACGGCCAGGCAGUUCCUCCAGUUGUCGCGACAUUACAAGAACAAUGAUCCUGGAAACACAGACAUCUGGGUGGGCGUCAAAGGCGGCCUGUGGCUCAACGGCCGCGAACCCGACAAGGAGGAAUGGAUUCCAGGCGACCCAGACGACGGCACCGCGGGCUGCGGUCACCUGGAAGCCUGGAGUCGCUGGAACAACACGCCGAGGAGAUUCCUUCUCAGUGAUCACAUGUGCAGUGGCAAGGCUUGGACUGUUUGCCAUAAGAGGCCUUGAUGUUUAUUUUAAGCUUGUAUGCCCAGGGUAGUUAAGUUCAAAGGUCCCACGUUGUUCCAGUUGUCAUGGAAAUUCUGGAAGGCUGUCCACAAUUUUAUUAUCAUUACUAUUAUUAUAAUAAAUAUUAUUAUUAUUAUUACUAUUCUGGCGAACCCUAUUCAUCUGUAACGAUCCCACAGUGAAUUCCAAAGGUGUUUUGUUGUUCCAGUCGUCACAGAAACUUUACUGCAGGUAUUUCAUGAAGGUCUGGAAGGCUGUCUACACUUUUUUUUUUUUUUUUUUUUUUUUUUUAUUAUUAUUAUAAUUUUUUAGGUGAACCAUAUUAAUUUGUAACAGUCCCACAACUGGUAUCUCAGGGGUACUGAAGUCCAAAGGUGUUAUGUUGUUCCAGUCGUCACAGAAACUUUACUGCAGGUAUUCCAUGAAGGUCUGGAAGGCUGUCUACACUUUUAUUAUUAUUAUUCUGGCGAACUCUAUUCAUUUGUAACAAUCCCAUAACUGGUACCUCAAGGGUAUUUAAGUCCAAAGGUUCCAUGUUAUUCCAGUUGCCACAGAAACAUGAAGGUCUAGAAGAUUGGCCAAAAUUUUAUUAUUAUUAUUUUUUAGGUGAAACCUUAUUCAUUUGCAACAAGCCCCACCAGUGGGCCACUGACUUGGAAUCCAAGAUUCCAAAGGGUAUGGUGGUCAUUUGAAAGUUCAUUCUAGUUGCGACCUCAUGCGACUAUUCCCGUAUUCCCGUUGUCACAAGGUGGACUCCCAGUAAUAAGAAAUCUGCAGUUACGGAAUAGUACUUGGCUCUAAAUGUCAGAUACUGCAACCAACGAAUAAAUGGCAACUAAGAACGCAAAUACGUUUCCAGACAUCAUGCUACAACUACUUAAUAUUCAUAAUGAAACAUAUGCGUGUUGAGGUACAUGAUCAAAUUGUAUGAAUUACUUAUGAAUUUUUCAGGACAUGAUAUCCCAUUAUGAUGAAUGUAAUUGAAUGUCUUUGAAAAUGUGAAUAUACACUAUACUGUAUAUUUAUCAUGCUGCCUGUCUUCAAAAUGUGAAUAUACUGCACCGAGUAUUUAUGAUUGUAUUUAUCUCAUUAUUUGUGCUUGAUAUAAAUAAGAUUCAUAAACUAUAAACAAACCACCCCCGCCCUUUUGACAUUGUCAAAGAAACUAUAGACAGCUGUCACUAGAUCUGUAUACUUUAAAACUGUACGAAUUCAAUUGAGUAUACAUUAAAACACAAGAUUUAC